UUGAUAUAGGUAUAUAAUAUAUGUAGAAAAUUUGUAGAACGGGGCUGUACAUUGUUAUUGCAAGUUUUCAGUAAUAUUUAAACAGUCAUAAAUCUAUAACAUUAGGUUUCAAGUUGAAUAAGUAAGUUAUGGGCAUUUUACUUCACCGUUCUGUAAUGCAAAUCAACGCGUGAACUGUAAAACGAAUGUAAUCGCGGACAGUUGCCCGAAUCUGGCAACUCUCAAGUGCAAUUUUCUGCAUAGGCUUCUGUCUGGACUGAGAAAUUCUAUUUUUAUGGCAAACGAAAAUGCAUGCAAGGAUCUCCAGGGUGCCCCAGGUAGGCAUUGUAAUAAACUUAAUAAAUUUGGAGGCCCAAAAACCAAUUCGAUACAUCGUCACCUUAAUUAUAUGGUGGAUCUUCAAAAAUGCAAAACUAAUGGAUGUACUAAAAUUAUGGACGCUCAACUUUGUGAAGUUACAAAAAAAUUAAACUUUUGCCCUUCGCAUGUUGUAUAUAACAACCUUAUCUCAUUGAAUGUCAACGAUCUAAGUCUUACUUCAAAAAGAAACAAAAACUCAUCUCAGAAGAAGCCUAUGAAAAAAGAUAAACAGAGUGGAUCGAAUCUGGAGGAAUACCUUGAGCCUUUAGAACCAUUCGUCAACGUUAUCUUCGAACCUCAUAUAACUAUAAAUUGCUAUGAAAACGAGUUUGAUUUCGUUUCGUGCUAUUAUCGAUUUAUUAAAUAAAUGCUCUUGACAAU